CUGUGUGGUUAUUUAGUUUUCUAUGGAUUGAAAACGGAAAAGUGAAGUGAAUAGUUAUACUUUAAUAAUCUUGCGACGUACGAAUUUAGUCGCUAACUUGCAGUUUAUAUUAAUAGUAUAUUUUUUCUUUUUUACGUUUAAAGUUUACGCAAUAAUUCAAUAUGAGAUUAACGGAAGCGCUCUGGUCCAAGCUACCUAGGGGUCAUAUUUUCAAAGGUAAACAUCGUCUGGUCAAACCAGUUACUGGAUUAGAUAUACAUAAAAAACUUAGAGAUUUUCAACGAGAAGAACAAAACAUGUUUUACCUCAGGCAUUCAUAUUUGACCAGGGAAGAGUCAUUUGGUCAUUCGAAAGAACAAGGUCGCUUUGAAAAAUGGAUGAGGAAAUGGAAAGUGUUACAAGCAGAAAAAUUUGGAAAACACAAGCCAAUUGAAAAUCACUUAAGUCAUCUUAGGUCAUCUGAUGGAUGGGAAAGUUACUAAGAGCUUCAACAGCAAAUAAUAUGUAACAAUUAGAUUCUUAAUAACAUAGGUUGUUUGUUUACUUUAACGUCUGUGAAUGUAUGAAGGAUAAUAAAAUGUAAAAUAAAUUAAUGUGAUAAUAAACAUUUAAAUACAUAAUA